UGACUGCUACGUCCGGAGGGGUGUACACUGUUUCCACAUUUUCAUGUCACUUUUAACCCUCGGUAUUUCACAUUACUAGACGCCUUCCUGGAUUAAUAAGUCAGACAUGAACGGCAGCAGUGUAUUGCGAGAAAGUCGAGUCAUCAACUCAUCCUCAAGACAUUGCCAGCACAUGAAACUGACUUGGACGGCGACUGGAAAUUUACUUUGGUCGCGCUGAAGUUAGUUUUGUACGUGGUGUGGAUCCAAUGUUUUGGUAGCACAGACUAGACAUCUGAGUCAUAUUGACAUUCGGUGUGCAGACAUUGUGCGGCGAGCACACCGUGUGGUUUGGCUGUGAAAACCUCCGUUUUUAACUCGCAUUUCUCCAUUCCUUGGAACUCCUUUUCGGCUGCAAAAUACCAUUGGAUAUAUCCAGCAGGAUUUGUGGACCCGGUGGAAGUACUAGUCGGCUUCGAACGUGUGGGAAAGGUUGCAAAACCAGGCUUUUUCUGUGGAUAACUUUUGGAGUGUUUUGGAAAGUUUGUGAAGUUGUGCACAAACUGACCAUUUAUUCAGUUUUGGAACGCUCAGUGCAGUGUAUGCGUGCAGAUAGCAUCCUAUGAUUUGAAUGCAGGAUGCAUAGGAUGAUUGAAUGGUGUUCUUCUUUUUCACUUGGUCCUAGUUGGUGAUUACUGGAACAGUUUUCUGAAUAUUAUUUCUCUGCAAUCGGGAUAUCACGAUGUCGUCGUCGGCAUAUACAGAGUCCGUGGAUGGAAUUUCACAAAAAAUGUACGCGGGAAAGAGGCGUCGCAGGCCCGUCAAAAGGAACCCCACGCACACGGUCGUCGAGGUGAAAUCCAACCCCAGCAAGCGUCACCGCGACCGUCUCAACGCCGAGCUGGAUCGCCUGGCCAGCUUGUUGCCGUUUGACGUCGACACCAUCUCCAAAUUGGACAAAUUAUCCAUUCUGAGGCUGAGUGUCAGCUACUUGCGCAGCAAGAGUUACUUCAAUGGUGAGUGAAAAGGCAGAAAGGAUAGAUAUU